GAGUGAUUCGAAGUAAAGUUGACUGAGUGAUUCUUGGAGCCUUGUUUCUUCCUUCCUUCGUUAUCCUGUUCUGUGUGAGAGGCAAGUCCUGAUAUUUGCACUCCUGGCAGACGGAUGGGUGAGGAAAAGAGCAAGACAGGAAGGCAGAGAAGAGAGAGAGUGGAUGUGAAGUGAUGGGAAAUCGGACAGACUCUCAUUGGUCAAUGUAUAUAUGCACGGGCCAGUCCUGCGAGGCCCGGGAAACGUCGAAAGGUUCGACGCCUCUCUUCGACAGCACGCCAGUCAACACAUUCAGAGUCGCCUCAUUCACCGCUACCAUGGGCAUCUUCGACUACGUCUCCGACCUUUACUCGUCCAUGACCAUCCAGUCAUGCGAGGCUGAAACUCAAGACGACAUGAAGUACGCCUCGGGCGACUUCAAUUCGGCCAAGGACCAGCAGAACGGCAUGGGCACGGCUGAACAGACCCGUGGUGCCACCACCAGAGGCGGUGUCAGUCUCGACAGCCCUGCCGCCGGCACCGACGAAGAGAGCGAUUCGGAGGCCGAGGCCAACAAGCAGGACGCCAAGAAGCCCGAGGCCUCGAACGAGAAGGGUCACGUCGCCGGCGAGGGUGGCGCUGCCUCCGGUCAGGUCGGCGCUGAGAACGCUGGUCCCCACGGCGGUCCCGUCGGCAAGCAAGACGACGAUGAGGAUGAGGAGGAAGAAAAAGAGGAGGAGGACGAUGAGGAGGAAGAGGACGAGCCUGAGGACCCCAAGCCCAAGAUUGAGGAAGAGUGCGCCAAGUCAGCCGAGUGCGCUCCCUACAAGCACCACUACGACCACUGCGUCGAGCGCGUCACCAAGCAGCAGGAGGAGAACGGCAAGGCCGACGAGGACUGCGUCGAGGAAUUCUUCCACCUCGCCCACUGCGCAACCGCAUGCGCCGCCCCCAAGUUGUUCAAGCAGCUCCGAUGAACGACACGCGCGCCUCUAGGCCUCAGUCAAGCCAAUCGACUCAUUCUGUGGUGGAGCCGAUGACAUUACCUCUUGUACAAAGCAUUUUCUCUACACCACGAAUUGUACUAUUUUUCCUUUCUGUUCCUUAACUCUAGAUGGGUCGUUUACGAGCGGUCAAAAGCGUGUAGCAUAGAGUCCGUAUGCCCAAUUGCUUCCAACAGUUAUCUAGACCAGAAAUCGCUAUUGAUGCAACACCAAUGGCAUGACUGGCCAGAAUAUGUGCAUGGUGGAAAUGUCGAUGAUGAUGACCAAUGUAAUUGGCUGGGACUUGACGGAUAUGACGCAGCUCUUGCUCCAGCGAGACUCGAAGC